AUGAACGAUCCUCACGCGCUACGCCUGACCCUUUUGAUUGCCGCGCUGCAUUUUGAGUGGACAACUGGGGGUAUGCAAUCUUUCGAAUCCACCUUCCUCUUCCACAAAGUAAAACUGAUCCACAUGGUCAACAAGUGGAUCACAGAACGACAGCCUGAACGCACGACUUGCAUUAUCAGCCAGAUAGCCUCACUCUGCUUUAUCGAGCUUUGUCUAGGUCACGUCUUUAGCGCAAAGGCCCACCUAGGCGGUAUGUUGAACCUUUUGAAAGAACGGAAACGACACUGGCAGCGAUUACCAGAGCAAGAUGAACCUCUAUAUGAAAGUUCGAAAGAAGAAGAGUUCAAUCACCGAUACUACUUAUUGUAA